GGUUCCGGAGUUAAGUAGGAUCGGCGGUAAGAGGGUCCUGAAUCUGAUUCGGGAAUUUGUAAAUUGAAAAAAAUUGGAAUGCAGAGUUAACCACUACAGUAGCUCCAGCUGCAUAGCUGAACCACGUAAACCGUCAAUUUCAACAAAACAAAUCAUAAACCCUCUUUCUGCCGAUCGAGACGCUGCUCAAACCCUAAUUCCCCAAUUCCUCCCAAAACCUCAUAUUCCAGUUAUGUGGACCAAUGUCUUCAAAAUCGGAGGUCUGCAUCAACUAUCAUGGUUUCAGUUCCUCCCUAAUGAACCUGAUCCGUGCUUUCUACCUGAUAAAAGCAAUAAAGUGGACCAGAAGGAUGCUGCAAUGUUAGCGGUGAUUUCAUCGCAUCUUCAAUUGCAGAAGGAAGGAUUUCUCAGCGCAUGGACUAAUUCUUUUGUUGGACCUUGGGAUCCAUCUCAGGGUUUGCAUAAUCCUGAUGAAAAGAUUAAGCUUUGGCUUUUUAUUCCGGGGCGUCACUCUUCAGUUAUUGAGACUGCUCAGUCAGCAGUAUCUGGAUUGAGAGUUGUUGCUUCUGGGCUCUGGUUAGCUCCUGGGGAUGUAGAAGAGGUUGCUGCUGCUCUCUCUCAGGCUUUAAGGAAUUGUAUAGAAAGGGCACUUAAUGGGCUUUAUUACAUGAGAUUUGGAGAAGUAUUUUCAAAGUUUCAUCAUUUUCAAAGUGAAGAGCUAUUUAGGAAAGGACAACCUACAGUUGAGUUCGUCUUUGCUGCAACUGAGGAGGCAAUCUUUGUACAUGUCAUAGUUUCCUCAAAGCAUAUCCGAAUGCUUUCCUCUGGUGAUCUGGAAAAAGUAUUGAAGCAUUCUAUGGAGGCGAAAUAUAGACUACCAGUGAUCGUUUCUCCUCAUGGAAUAAGAGGCAGCCUGGUUGGUAGUUCUCCAAGUGAUCUUGUCAAGCAAAGUUAUUUCAGCAGUUCCUCCAAGUUUAGGGCAUCAAGUGGAAUUAUAGGUCUUCCAAAUCAUGUUUCCCAGGGUGUUGGUUGCCAGCUUAGGGGCCAGAAUUGUUAUGUUGAAGUAAGUCUUGGGUUCCCUCGCUUGGGAACUGACAAGGCGCUGCAGUCAAACAAGAAUAGUGUCAGGAAUUUAUCCAAACUUCAUGUUGCUGAAUCUCCUGCUGCUGGGCGGAGUGAUCAUAAGGGUUCACCAGAUCAUUUGUCUGAUUGUGAGAAAACAUUUCUCUAUCCUGCUGAGGCAGUUCUUGUGCCAGUUUUACAAACGUCCUUAGCAAGGUCAUCUUUGAGAAGAUUUUGGCUGCAGAAUUGGAUGGGACCAUCCCUACCUGGUUCCUCGUCCUUUAUUCACUGUGCUGCUAAUGUGGAUUCUGUAGAAGAUCCUUGGGCUGAAAUCAAUGGAUCCCGCAUGCAAAAUAGUUAUGACAGUAGUAGCAAUAGCAAUAGUAGCAGUAUUAGUAGCAUAAGUGCCAGCUCUAGCGAUAGUGAUUACAAAACUACAGGACCAAAUGAACUGGAGGCGGAUGCUGAUUCUUUAACAUGUAGACAGUCUGUGGUAUCUUUUGGCGAUCAGUUGGAAAGUGAUGGCCCUAAGUUGGGUUCUAAGCGAUCUCGAGCGGGGGUGACAGAAUCAUUAAGUACAGCUACAAAUGUCCCUAUGCAAGAUGCUUACAUGUCAGAUUUUGGUUCCAUGGAAGUUAACAAUUCAGCCAUCACAGGAGUAGGAAAUGAGCCAAUUGGGUCUUAUUGGGACUGGGGUGAUGAUGAUAGAGGAGUGGAAAUGGAUAUUCAAGCCCUUCUUUCUGAGUUUGGUGAUUUUGGUGACUUCUUUGAAAAUGAUGUUUUGCCUUUUGGAGAGCCCCCAGGAACUGCAGAAUCUCAGGCACUUAUGUUUUCUGCCCCGGAUUGUGGAGAUGUCAACAGCAGUCCUGUUGGAGUCAUGGAUGUUUCAGAUCAAAUGCUUUUGCCUGUUGGAUUUCCUUCCUUUGAGAGUUUUGACCCACCUCCUCCAGCAGCCAUGGAGGAAUGCCUCAGCAAAAGUCAAGAUAAUUUGAACAAUUCCAUGUUAUCGGGUCCAGUCAAUCAAACACAAUUGUCGUAUACAAGGGAGUUUGAUCAUAUAAUGAAAACUGAAGCGAUGAUGACAUUUGCUCCUGAAUUUGGAGCUGUUGAGACUCCUUCGAGUGAGUUGUCCACAACAUUAUUCAAAAGCCCAUAUUUUCCAAAAUCACGAAAAGCAGAUAGUUCAAAUUCUAGUACAAACAGUUACUUAUAUGGUGCAGCCCCGCCCUCUUCUCCCUGCAUUGAAGGAUCAGAAGGGAAGAAUGGAAUGGUUAUCAAUAGCAAAACAUGUUCUGGAACACAUGAUGCAACUAUGAAUCUCCACUCAAAGAAUUACUAUACUUAUAUAGAGUCCAGGAAAGACAUCAAUGAUAAAAAAACAGUUACAUGUAAGAAUGACAGCAUUGUUAAAUCUGACGGCAUGGUAUCACCUCCAUUCUCAAACAUAGGUCCUAAUGCUGUAGCCAAGUCUGGCUUGAAGAUGAAUGAAGGAACACUUGAAUCAGAACAUUUGCUUCUAUCCGCCAAAACUCUGUUGGCAACUGAUGUUAUGUGUGUUAUGUUUCAAGCUUCGAUGUGCAGGCUACGACACACGCUCUUAUCUUCCAGCAACAUUAUGCCUCUUGGUUUCGGUAGGCCAACUGGGGUUGCAUUUUUUAAUCAGCUUCCUGGUGACCCGAGUACCACCACAGAAAACAUAUCGGGCAAGUAUGAGGUGAAGAAGAAAGAAAACAUACCUGUUAGAAUUGCAGGUGAUAUUGAAGGAGGAAUGCUUGAUGGGCACCUCAAUGCACCUGUUGGUGUCUGGCGCACUGUAGGAGUUUCGAAACCCAUGAAACCUUCAAGUUCACCAAACAUGGAAGUUGGUCCUUCUUAUUCUCAUAAUUCAUUCAGUGAUGAAGGUCUCCUUUCUUACAGUCAACGGAAACCACUUCAGGAACUUCUUGAUGGGAUUGCAUUGCUUGUCCAACAAGCUAUUUCCUUUGUUGAUUUGGCCUUGGAUGUGGAUUGUGGUGAUGGUCCUUAUGGUUUGCUCGCACUGCAAGAACAGUGGAGGCGUGGAUUUUGUUGUGGUCCUUCAAUGAUCCAUGCUGGCUGUGGGGGAACACUUGCUUCUUCCCAUUCUCUUGACAUUGCUGGUGUGGAGUUAGUGGAUCCACUUUCUGCUGAUGUUCAUGCAUCUACUGUGAUCAGUUUACUGCAGUCUGACAUAAAAACAGCUUUGAAAUCUGUAUUUCCGCAUUUGGAAGGGCCACUUUCUGUGACUGAUUGGUGCAAAGGACGCAAUCAAUCAGUUGACACUGGAAGUAUACUUGAUGGGGUUUCUGCUGAGUCUGGCAUUAGUGAAUGUAGGGAUUCCUCAGAACCAAUGAGUCCAUCCCAGUCAUCUAUUGGUGGAUCAUCCAGUAUUAAGGUUUCCAACAUGAUUGAUGGUGCUAAGGUGGAGGAGAAUUCUCAAAGGAGAUCUGGCCAAGAUAUGUGCAGUUCAGAGUCAGAGCAGCAGCCUUGUCCACGGCUAAAGCCUACCAUCAUUGCUCUUCCAUUUCCUUCAUUACUUGUAGGGUAUCAAGACGAUUGGCUGAAGACGUCAGCAAACUGCCUGCAGCACUGGGAAAAGGCUCCUCUCGAACCCUAUGGUCUUCCAAAACCUCUUACCUAUCAUGUUGUAUGUCCUGACAUUGAUCCACUUACCUCUGCUGCUGCUGAUUUUUUCCAACAACUAGGAACAGUGUAUGAGACAUGCAAGCUAGGUACUCAUUCACCUCAAGGCUUGGGGAAUCAGAUGGAGAUAGAGUCGGGGAAGUUGUCAUCUUGCGGUUUUGUUUUACUAGAUUGCCCCCAAUCUAUGAAGAUUGAGAGCAGCAAUGCAUCUCUUGUUGGUUCAAUAAGUGAUUACUUUUUAUCUUUAUCUAAUGGUUGGGACCUGACAAGCUAUCUCAAAUCUCUUUCAAAGGCACUUAGAGCUUUGAAACUUGGUUCUUGCUUCUCCUCAAACCCCAGUGAAGGAAGUAACAGUUCAUGUAUGGUAAUCUAUGUGGUGUGCCCUUUUCCUGAUCCUUCUGCAGUCUUGCAAACUGUAAUUGAAUCUUCUGUUGCCAUCGGUUCAGUUAUCCAACAAUCAGACAGAGAGAGAAGAUCAUUGUUGCAUAGUCAAGUUUCGAAGGCAUUAAAUGUCUCGGCAACUGUUGAUGAAACUUCGGCUUCUAACAUUCUUGUGCUUUCUGGAUUUAGUAUUCCCAAAUUGGUCUUACAGAUAGUUACAGUUGAUGCUAUCUUCAGAGUCACAAGUCCAUCAGUUAGUGAGCUUGUCAUUUUGAAAGAGACCGCUUUUACUGUAUACAGCAAGGCUCGUCGAAUUUCAAGGGGAGUUUCUAGUGAUUUUUCUCAAUCAGCAUUUUCGAGUAGAUCUCACUCUGUCUUAACUCAAAUGCCUUCUCCUAUCUCUGGCAUGUGGAAAGACUGUGUUGGUCCUCGAAUGACAGGACAUUCUAUCCCAAGAGAGGGUGACAUUGAUGCUAGCUUGAGGACUGGUACAUGGGAUAAUUCUUGGCAACCAACUAGGACUGGGGGGUUGAGCUGUGACCCAAGUAGAUCUGUAGACCAUUUUCUUCAAGAUGAGACUCGUUAUAUGUUUGAACCCCUUUUUAUUCUUGCAGAACCAGGUUCUGUGGAACAUGGUGUUUCUGCUGUUGGUAGCCCCAAUUCAGAUUCUUCAAAAACAAUGGCAGAUGAUGGUAGUGGCAAUUAUAUGCAAAAUACUACAGGAAGUGCAGAUUCUGCUUCAAGCAUUGAUGGAUCUGGAUCUGAUCAAAAGACCCUUCCUAGCCUACAUUGUUGCUAUGGAUGGACAGAAGACUGGCGUUGGCUUGUAUGCAUAUGGACAGAUUCAAGGGGAGAAUUGCUUGACAGCAACAUUUUCCCCUUCGGUGGGAUUAGUGGUAGGCAAGACACCAAAGGUUUGCAGUGCCUGUUUGUUCAAGUUCUUCAGCAAGGUUGUCUGAUACUUCAAUCUUGUGAUACUGGCCUUGCAAAGCCUCGAGAUUUUGUCAUAGCUCGCAUUGGAGGUUUCUUUGAGCUUGAGUACCUAGAGUGGCAGAAAGCGAUUUAUUCAGUUGGUGGAUCUGAGAUGAAGAAAUGGCCCAUGCAACUGCGGAAAUCUAUGUCUGAUGGGUUGUCUGCAACUAGUAAUGGUUCUUCUUUGCAACAACCAGAGAUGAGUAUGAUCCCAGAAAGAGCUCUUCCAUCCUCACCUAGCCCUUUGUAUAGCCCUCAUGCCAAACCCACUGGUUUUAUGAAAGGCAGUUUAGGGCAACCUGCAGCAAGAAAGCAGCUUAUGGCUGGACAUAUGGUUGACAAUUCUAGGGGUUUGCUUCAUUGGGCACAGAGCAUCAGUUUUGUAUCUGUUUCUAUGGACCAUACAUUACAACUUGUUCUCCCUGCUGAUUCAUCUCCUGGUUAUAUAGAAGGUUUCACGCCAGUGAAGUCUCUUGGCUCAGCAUCUUCUGCGUACAUUCUGAUUCCUUCUCCCAGUAUGCGGUUCCUCCCUCCGACAACUCUUCAACUACCCACGUGUCUCACUGCAGAAUCUCCACCAUUAGCUCAUCUGCUUCACAGCAAAGGAUCUGCUCUUCCACUCUCCACCGGGUUUGUCGUUUCAAAAGCAGUACCUUCCAUGAGGAAGGACUAUAGAAGCAACCUGAAAGAAGAGUGGCCUUCAGUACUUUCAGUGAGCCUCAUUGAUUACUAUGGAGGUACUAAUAUUCCCCAAGAGAAGAUUCUCCGAGGAAUUAACAAGCAAGGUGGCAGGAUUCCAAGUUGGGAAGCAAAAGAUUUCGAAAUUGAGACCCACUUGGUUUUGGAGUCUCUUGCAGCCGAGCUUCAUGCCUUGUCGUGGAUGACUGUGAGCCCCACAUACUUGGAACGACGAACGGCACUUCCAUUCCACUGUGACAUGGUUCUAAGAUUAAGAAGACUUCUACACUUUGCUGAUAAAGAGCUAUCUAAACAAUCAGAGAAAUCCUAACUACAGGUUAUAUAUCAAAAGAACCCCUUGUCUCACUGGUUUGAGAAGAAAGAGCGCCAAGCUGGGUGAGUAGACUGUAUCAUAAUAUAUUCACUGUGAUUUUAUGUAAAGCUGUGUAAAGCCUGCUAAUGUUUUCAAAUUUCAAGGAAGAAAUAGAUUUAGCAAAUUUAGGUGAGAGUGAAGAUUGUUCAGAAUGUACAUGAGCUUUUUUAACCCAGAUAAGAUUAGCUUGAUUCAUAGAAGCUGUUGAUUGUAGCAUAGUCAUAGUUCUCUCCUCGAGUGUAGGGUUGCUGGAAUUAGAUUACCUUUUGUAACUAUUUUAUUUUAUUUUUGGUUAGACAAUAAUGUAGCGACGACGGUUUCAUGGUUAAUUUUGAUUUCCUGGUUGAUUAAUUUUUGGGCUAACUA